AUGACCAGCGAGAUACAAUCUUUAAAGUUUUACAGUUUACCCUAUGGUGACCACACGCUUCCAUAUAUCUGGUCUGUCACUAACCCACUGAUAUUUCUUGUGUAUGAUUUCCCAAACAAUGAUUGGUUGGAUUUGAUUGAGCCACUAUCAGUAUUCAAAUAUACGGUACAAAACAAUGUCGAGACUGCAAUUAUAGCAAGGACUGAAGUAGUCGAUUCUUUGAAGAUAACAAAAAGAAUUAGUCAUCCAAGUUUGACAUUCUGUGCAAACUUGACAAGGUUUCAAAUUCAAGAUUCGAAAUUUACAAUAAUUCAAUUGCUGAAAAGUAAUGUUGGCGAAGCUGAGUUGGCAAUGUUGGAAAGUGUAUUGGAAGAAGAAGAUCAAGUAUUAAUAGUUGGUGCCAUUAAAAGUGAUAAAAUGUCAAGUUUGGCUAUUAAAAAAAGAAUUCGGUCAUGGAGGAAAAAGUAUGGAAUAAUUGAGGUACUUCCUGGUGCGAAUUAUGAAACGGGCAUACCAAUGUGUUUAACCAGUUCAGAGCUUAAGUUGGACUCAAAAGCUUGGUUAAUGUCUAAUUGGCCUCAUUUGAAAAUUGGUCGACUUUCUCAAAAGGGUGUAAUGAUUGAAGUCUAUCCAGCAAUAGAAAUACCUGAAGCCGAGCUUCAAUAUAUAGAAAAGCGUUUUGGCGCUGACGCGAGAGCGCAUAUUUCGGGAACAAAAAAACAUAAGGGUUCAUCAAUUUCAAACUCUGAACAGGAGGUAAGAAAUAACGGCAAUGAAGCUGCAAAUUCUACCCACCACGUAGAAAUUCCAGACCACCCAACUACUGAAGAUGAACUUUCUCGUUUGGGCUUUUAUGCAAAUGACUCAUCAGACAUGUUUUAUGACAGCGAUGAACAAUAUUCAUUCGAUGAAACAGAUGAUGAAUCUGAUGGUUAA